AUGAAGAAUCACAAGGAAAUAUGUGUGUUCUCUAUUGUGGAUGUUUAUUAUGUGGAUGAGCGAGAAGUGCCGAUAAAGAAGAAAUUUGUUGUUGAGCCUUUGGCUGCUGUCUUGAUGAAUUUUGAUAGCGAAGGCAUCAAAGAGUAUGAGGAGACUAUUUGUGCCUUAAAUGGGAUGGGAUCAUAUUCUUAUGCUCCCAAGAAGCUGGAUCUAGAUCUUAAAAUUUUCCCAACACCACCGGAGGACAAGUUUAUAUUUGAUGACGAGUGCUUGAAGGCAUUUGAAUUCCUUAAAGGGAAAUUAGUUGAUGCUUUUAUUAUUGUUGCUCUAGAUUGGUCAAAGCCGUUUGAUAUUAAGUGUGAUGUAAGCAGAGUGGCACUUGGGGCUGUACUUGGUCAGAAGAGGGAUGAGCUAUUUCAUCCCAUUUAUUAUGCAAACAAGGCCUUAAAUGGAUCUUAA